AAACAUAAUAACUUAAUUGUUUCAGAUGGGUGUGAGGAUUGUUGAUUCAUCUGUGGCAGGACUGGGUGGGUGCCCGUAUGCUAGAGGUGCUACAGGGAACGUUGCUACAGAAGAUGUUGUCUAUAUGUUGCAUGGUAUAGGAAUACAGACAGGUGUGAACUUGGAAAAAUUAAUUGCAGCUGGACAUUUUAUAUCGAAAUACCUUGGUAAAGAGCCAUCAUCAAAAGUGUCAUUGGCACUAAUGAAGAAGACACAGAGUAAACUUUGAUGUUUAUCAUGAUGCUAGCUUGGCAGUGAAAUUACUCUAUGACAAUGCUGAAUCUGAUCAUGACUUGAGGAUAUCAGUGGAGUGCAUUGGUAAUGAGACACCUAUGACUUAUUCUAGCUGUGACUGCUUAAGAUACAAAAGAAACACAGGUCAUUGACAUCCGGUCAUGGUACAUAUAUAUUAUGAUC